UACGUUAAAUGUUUAAAAGUUAAAUAUUGCAUAUAUGAAACCCAGUGAUCCGUAACAAAAUACUACCGGGUUAGUGUGAUCAUCGAAUUACCAUAAAAUAAUGAAUUCAUAAUAAUGGAGAAACUUUGGAUUGUUAGACUUCUAAUCUUUGCUAUUCUUAUUAAUGAAACACAAUGCGAGACUGGUAUGUGCUUUGCCUGCAGGGACUCUUCAAGCAACAAGGGUAAAAAUGACUGUCAGGUGAACACAAAAAGGAUGGAAGAGCUUCAUACUAAGCUACUGCAUGAGUAUGGGAACAAUACUGAUGUUUUUAUGAAAGAUUUUAAAGACGACCCGUACGUACAGAAUUGUAGUGCUUUGACUAACCAUAGCUAUUGUUGCGUAGAGGAAUUUGAAGGAGGAGGAUUCAUUAAAGCGUAUAUAAGAACAUGUUGUGAUGGCAUUACCUGGUCGUUUGAUACUGAUAAGUUAAAAACGCUGAAGAAUAUCCAAAAGAACAACGACUCUUUGUGUCAACAUAAUACUGAAAGUCUAACAACAACUUGUGUUAGAAUGUGUCGGGGAAAUUUCUGUAAUGGACCAACAUCUGCGGCGAAUAAUUUACACAUUUAUAAAACUUUGACGCUAUUUUCGUUCAUAUUUUUCUGCAUGUUUUUUUGUAACCGUGAAAAUUGACAAUCUCAAAGAAAGCAUUUAUUAGUGUUAUCAAUACAAAGCCUUAUCAAAUGUCUUUGAAGAAGGUUUCAUAAUUCGGUGAAAAUAUAUAUAUUUCUGAAAAAAAUAUAGAUGGAUAAAAGUGACGAAAAAAAUAUAUAUGUUUAUGAAAAACUGCCUUCACUAUGAAUGCUUAAUUUGGUAAAACACGGUAUCAAAUACAGAGUUGAAUAUUUUGAGUAACGUGGAAUGCACUUAUGACUACUUCGGAAAUAUAUUUGAUAUUGAUCAGUUGUAGGUUAUGAAAUAUUUGGCUUAAUUAAGCAAUUUUCGAAGUACUUAAACUCUAUUGGGCCAUUCCAGUUAAUUUCUGACAGGUGGGGACGCCGGACGGUUAGAUUUAUUUUAUGUAUCAGAAAAACACCACGAAAAACUACCUAUCAGAUCUAAAUAUUCAGACCUGUCAGAUUUAAAGGUUCUGUUCAUACUGGGUGGAUGGACAAAUUCAUGGGGGAAUUUUUUUUAUCUGAAAGAGGUGUACCCUUCAGAAUUUUGCCGACACUUAGAUACAAUACAAGAUAAUGUAUGAUACAAACUAUUUAGUGCUGCAAGACCUCCAGAAGUUUUUUGAUUAAAAUUGUACAUUAUCAUGUCAGAUGGAAAAAAAAAACAGAAUUACACCCCCAAGAUGUAUAAAUUUUACACUCUCCAGAAAGGAUCAUUCAACCCCCCUUAGCAUACAUUAACUGGAAUGGCCCAUUACAUUGAUAUUUGUAAGUCAUUGAUAUCAGAUGACAGAUACUUUACCUUAUCCUCUUGAAUAAUUUUUUUUUAUAUUCUUUGUUAUAUGUAUAGGUAUAUUAAUUGUUUCAGAUUAAUAAAAUAUGAAGCCUCA